CGUUCUUCUUCAAACGAGCGGAAUCACUUCAAAGCGGAACAUCUUCUCUUGACAGCUCCUCGGACCAUGAGCGCGGUCCCCAUGGACUCUUCGGCGAUCCUCGUGUGGCUCCUGUACGCCAGCGUAGCGCUGGUCCUCCUUCUCCUCAGUACGGGUCUGGUUCUUUACGCACAGCCCAAAAACGGUGCGUCUUCGUCGCUCGCAGCCUUCGCCGGCACCUCCACACUCAGCGCAGCGCCGCUCACUGUGUCCUCGCGCUUCGUCAACAUCGUCUGCAUCCUAGCGCUCUAUGUAGCGCUGCUGUGCUUGUUUACAGCUCCUGUGGAUGUUUAUCUACUGGAGAACGCGUUGCCACAUGUACCAUCGAACGUCCGGGCGCUCCGAGUGAUGUACCAGGUUUAUUUCGCAGCCUUAGCGCUGUAUUCCUUCGUGGGUGCGCCGCUGGCCUUCAAUUACGCCAAGCAGACGGAGAUCGCACACUUGACGCUCAAGUUUUCCGCCAGAGACCGUCUUUACGCAGCUAUCAAACGCACGUCGUGCUUCUUGCUGGGUCUUUCGUUCCUGCUGGUCAUGCUCAUGGUGGUUCUCCUUUGCGGCAAACCUGCUAGUUCUGAUAUCGACUGGCUAAGACCGUUGCUCAAAUUUUCGUCGGAUCUAGAGACGUUUCUGCGAUUACUAGUGGGAAUUUUGGCGCUUACUGGGAUGUACUUGUGGCUGUUCGUGUGCAGUCGAGGACUAGCUAGUGUGCCGCUGGUGGGGUUGUUAAUGGAAGACCACAGUAUUGAUGAAAACAUGACGACGUUUGAAGAUCUGCUUCAGGAGAACGCAAUGGAGACGCAAGCAACAAAGCAGACGAGAGAAACCAUUCUACAGCGAUAUGUUGUUGAGCAGCAGAUGAGUGGAGCAGACCAGGAGCGACUAUCGCAACUGAAGACACGUGAAAAGCUUCUGGAAGAACGUCGCGAGGUGCUGAAGGCCAAUCUGCAGAGAUUCGCUCUAAGUGGCAAGUUAUCUUGCUGGAAGAUCCCGAUUGGCGUCGUUCUGAUCAUCCUGUCGCUGCUGAUCGUGGUGUCAAUGCUCAUCACAAGCGUCGACAAGAUGGCGCACUCCAAUUUCGAGCGGGGAUUCCUCUUGAACACACCAGAAUUCCCCAAUCCGAUGGAUCUGCUGUUGGUGCUGGCAUCACGUGUAUUCCCACUGGACUAUGUGGUCUUUGUUGUGCUGUUCGUGUACCUGUUCGCGAUCUCGUUGAUAAUACUCAAGCGCCACGGUCUACAGUUCCUGUGCUUCCGACUGGGACGAUUACAGCCGCGCCUGACGUCUGCUGCCACGAUGACGAUGCUGUCGCUGGUGUUGAUGCAGCUUGCUAUGGUCGGACUAUUCGCUCUACUCACUCUAGCGCCGCAGUAUGCUACGUUCGGGCAUCAGAUGUUCGCGGACGCUUCGGGUCGCGUCGUACCCUGCACUUUACAGGAGGCAGCCAACGCUGCGGCAGCUGCAGCCAAGUCUGGCGGUCUGCCGACACAUUGCCGCAUGACGCAGCUAGCAAGGUUCUACAACGCCCUUGCAGUCGAGCUGCCCAUGUUUGGUACGGCCUUCUUCGUAGGUCAGUUUUUAUUUGCUGCAGCUUUCGUGCCUUGGAUCGCACACGCCUACUGCAUGGCAAAGAAACUUGACGACCACAUGGACCCCAAGCGCCAACGGCUACUGGAUGACUACUAAAGCUGCAACACAAGAGCUGUAAAACAUAACCAGCGUCAACUACUAAAUUCUAAACUGUGUCAAAUCCAUAUCACUACUACCUGAGCGAGUCCUUCGAAUUCCUACCUACUGUUGUCUCCAUC